UUGUCGUAAUGUGGUCUGAAAUAGGUUUAUUUCUUAUAAUUUGUCAUCUUCAUUCUGGGAACCCUCAAGAUGCCGUAACUAAAAGCUCACUCACUGUGGAAGAGGAAGAGAAGUUAAGCGAAUUCAUCACAAAUGCCCUCGAUCAUUUCAAGAAUCCAGAUCCCGUAGGCCUUCCCGGCGCGAAGAUACCUGACCCAUAUCACGUUCCAGAAAUGAAGAAGAGCCUGCCUCUUGGAGGAUCCAUAGUCUUUAAAAAUACUACUUUAUAUGGCAUUAGUAAAUUUCGUGUGCUCUAUGUUAAUGUUGAAGCCGGUAAAAUGGAGGCUACUGCUGCCUUGUCAAUUGAUAAAGUACACGCUAACGGAAAAUAUGUAUUAAGUACCUGGUUGAGAACAUACCCCGGCAAAUACCAAACGGAUGUUGAAGGUAUAAAAUCAAUCGCAACAGCUUCACUCGAAGUGGAUACAGACGGAAAAAUAAAAGCACAAAAUAUAUCAAUGGACAUAAGUUUCGAUAACAUUGGAGUACAAUUCGAGAAUUCGGGAAUAAUAUCCAUGGUCUUACAAGGACUAUUCAAUUCAAUGGGUAUAUUUUUGUUCAAUAGUAUCAAGCCAUAUAUUCUUAAAGAUGUAUAUACGAAUCUUAGGGAAGAAAUUAACAAGAAACUUGAAAUUGUUGCUGGUGAUCUGCAAUUUCCUAAUUCAAUAUCACCUAUUGAUAUGAUAUUAAUAAAGGCGAGAAAUAAAGUAAUUGCUCUUGAGAAGGAUCCUUACAAGAUAAAAGAUUACAAAAAUUCUGUUAGUAUAUUUCACGUAGGUUUAACUCAAACAUGGCUCACUGGAUUAUCCUCCUUUUAUCGCGAUGGAAAUACCACUUUGAAGAUGGAAAAUAACUCAAUUAUAAUCGAUUUGAGCAUUGGUACCCAAGAGAUACAAGGUUCCACAAAUUGGGAAAUAUCUACAUUCAAGGGAUACUUUACAAAAGUUGGAACUGUGUUAUUUUCAAUCAACUAUGUACGAGUACGAAUAAUUUUAGGACAGCCUUUGGACACAAGAAAAAGACCUCAAUUCCGAAAUCUAGAUGUUGAACUUGGUAAUUUACAAAUACGAUUCGAUGGAGCAGGAUCGAUAGACUAUAUAGUUGAGCUGGCAGUAAAUAUAUUACCCAAUAUUUUAAGAAACCAAAUUAUCGUUGCCUUUGACGACCUAGUUCGGAUUAAAAUACAAAGAGAACUAAAUGAAGUCAAUGUGGAGGAUCUCAUUAAAGAAUUCUUGCCAAUAGUAGAUCAAUUACAAUUAAAAGGACUUAGUCUUAGUAAAUUUUUCCCAACUCAAGAAGAAAAUCGUUAUGAUGAAGACGAUUUCUUUAAUUUUUAAAUUAUCUGUUAAUUUAUAUUUAUUAGAAUCCCACCCUAUCACAUUAAUAUUAGUGUAAUAAUAAUGUAUUGCUUAGUAUUUGCUUA